AAAACUAUUGUAGCAUUCUGUGAGAAAUUUGGGUGGCUUCCCCAAGACUCUGUUUUGACAUCAAAAGACUUUAUCAAAAUGCCAAAUAUUAGAUUUCUCAAAUUGUUUGGUUGUACCCUCUCUGGAGACUUUGGGGAUCUUUUUUCAGAAUUGAGAUGGCUUACUUGGUAUCGAUGUCCAAAAGGAAUGCAGGCAAACAACUUUUGCCCAAAAAAUCUACUCAUCCUUGACCUAACGUGCAGCUCAAUAGAUGAACAUUGGGAUGGUUGGACUCAACUCAAGGUGGCUACAAGAUUGAGAGUCCUUCAAAUGUCAGCGUGCCUCAAGUUAAGCAUGGUUCCUGACCUCUCAGCAUUUUUAUUCUUAGAAACAUUAAUUCUAAAGGAGUGUAGAAAGCUUGUGACACUUCCCAACUCAAUUGGAAUGCUAAAUUAUUUAGUUGAGUUGGAUGUCUCAGACACAUGCAUUUCAGAGUUGCCAGAUACCAUUGUUGAUCUAAGGAGUUUGAAGGUGUUGAAGAUGAAUAGAAGUCGCAUGCAAAAAUUACCUGAGGCAAUUGUGAACUUGGAUAAACUCGAGGAGAUUUAUGGGGAGGGUUGUGUGCAACUAGAGAUGAUUCCUGGUGAUAUUGUGAGACUACAAUUCUUGAAGAUUUUAAAAUUAACAGGAACUCAUGUGAAGUAUGUACCAAAUCUUCCACAGAGUUUGGUAAGUCCAUGUCUGUCCUCAACAGUCUUAGAAAAAGAUCCGGACAUCUCCAACUUAGUGAGUUUAAGAAAUCUGGAAUUAUGCUUUCCCUUAACAUUCCGCGACCUUCCCUCUAUGGUCCCUGACCCUCCCUCUCUAGAAGGAGCUCGAGUCAUCUCCAGCCCAUAUUGUAAGUUGGAACUUUCAAUUAUCACCAGCAUAAGCUCAUAUUUGGGUUGCUUUCACUGUCUAAAAGAACUCGAACUCAAGAACUGCAGCAACCUGCGCUGCAUUGGACAGCUUCCCUCUACUUUGGGGAGACUUACGGUUGGCAGUUGCGAUCUUCUUGAAGUUGUGGACCUUUCCAACUUAUCUAAGUUUAAGAAUCUCAAGGACCUUGAAGUAUGGCGCUGUUGGAAUCUGGUUGAGAUUAAAGGUGUUGACGAGCUGGAAUCACUGGAAAGUAUUUACAUCAAAUACUGCAUUUCUUUACUACGCUUUCCUAGUCAAUCCAACUGGAAGAAGAUGAAGAAGUGGCAUGUUGACGUCUUAGGACGUAUUUGGCAAGAGUAGCUCGAAGCUAUGAUCUCCAGUCUAGCACCUAAAAGAAGCUUGUAGGAUCAGCAAAUCUUUAUUACGUUGACUUAUGUCUUAUUUGAUCUAUGAUUUUAGUAUGGAAUUUCAGUAGC